AUGUUUCGAAAUAUUUAUCAGGGCGGAUUUUUAUCCAUUUUGUAUAGUUGCGGGUCGUCUCCUCUGAAAUUAUGGGACGUACACGUAAAAAACGGAUAUAUACGAAGAAUUACAGAUGAAGAGAUAAAGUCGUUGGCAUUGGAAAUAGCCGGAACUAAUGUGGCUACAACUUAUAUUUACUGUCCAGCGUAUCCGAAGAAGGCGCUAGGUAUUAAGCUGCCCUUCCUUAUCAUCAUUAUCAAGAAUAUGAAGAAGUAUUUCACGUUCGAGAUAACAAUAUUGGACGAUAAGGAUAUGCAUAGAAGAUUUCGUGUGAGCAAUUUUCAGACUACGACACGCAUUCGCCCGUUUUCCACAUCCAUGCCCAUCGGACUUUCAGGUGGAUGGAAUCAGAUUCAAUUCAAUUUGUCUGAUUUUACGCGACGAGCCUAUAAGGACAAAAUGCCGGAGGAUUUCAAACUUUUCUUACCGGUACAUCAAAAGAAAUGCGUUAGAGAGAAAGACGUACCGAAGAAACCUAGCCUGACACUUGAAAAAAUACUAUCCACCGAAGCAGCAACUGUCGAACCGGAAGUAGAGAAGAUAAUUGAACCGCCAAUUACGAAAGAACCUGAUUUAAUUGAGGAAGCGAUAUUAAAGGUGCAUGCGGAAGAAAUAGAAGAGAUAAUUGCAGAGAAAGAAGAGAAAAAUGAAGAAGAAGAAGAAGCAGAACAGGAAGAAGAGGAAGUUAAAGUUGAAGAAACUGUAAAAGAAGAAGCUGAAUCUGCGGCUACUAUUCGCGAAUAUAAGAUCGAAGAAGAAAAAGAAAAUAUAUAUGCAUCGAAAUUGGAAGAUUACGUAGAAGAUGAGGAUGAAGAAGAAAAUGAAAACGAU